AUGUUUUUUCCAGCUGGUGGCAUCCUCAAGGCUUGCUGCUCCACUCAGCUGGGCCUGUGGGCCUUUUUCGCAGCCGCAGCAAAUCCCCAGGAGACUGAAGACGAGUAUGCCUUUGGUUUGGCCGAUGACCCAGAGGGGGCAGAAAGCAUGAUCCAGUUCUUCGCCGACAGUGACGUCGCUACGGAGACCACCAUCCUGAAGGCUCUUGAGGAGAAGUUGGAGGAGCUUUGCUUCACCGUCUUGCCGAGCCUCCGGCCCAUGCGCUGCACAGCCCCCGAGAUGGUCUUCAUUGGGCCGCCAGUCCGAACAACACUAUUCCUUCCGCCUCUGCCGCCGACCACCCAGACGACGACCACCACCACCGAAGAGAGGAUACAGAUCAUCAUUGACGUGGAGGAGGGGCUGCCCGGCUGGGCAAUUGGCGUCUUCUGUAUCCUGCUACUGCUGGUGGUCUUCCUGUGCGGCUACGUCUGGAAACUGCGCCAGAAGAAGCAAAGGCGAGAAGCGCAGGUUCAGCGGCUGAAGGAGAAGGCAGCCAAGAGCCGCAGUGAAGAGGAGCUGGUGCAGGAGAUGUGGGAGACGGCUCUCACCGACGACACGGGCAAACUCAAGACUGGUGUGGAGGAGACGCUUGAACUUCCCGAUGGUUCCAGCUACAUCGGAGGGCUGCAAGACGGCGAUCCGCACGGAGUUGGGAAAAUGGUUUGGCCCGACGGGAGGACUUACCAUGGCAACUGGGUCUUCGGCCAGCCCCAUGGACAAGGGGUGAUGUCAUCCAUAGCCCCAGUGGAGGCUGAGUAUGAGACCUGGGUCUACAGUGGCCAAUUCCAGGAUGGGCUCAGGCAUGGUGUGGGCCGGUGCGAGUGGCCCGCUGUGGGUGCGUGGUACGAGGGGGAUUGGGUUCUCGAUGCUGAGCACGGCCUUGGCGAGCUGGGUGCCGGAGCUACUGAGAGUCAAGAUGGCGACCCCCAUGUGUGGUGCAUGUACAACGGUGAGAAGCAGGAGAACGUGGCCACCAGCCGAGUUUUCCCCGGUCCGGAGGAUGAGCUCAUGGUCGUGGUGCUGCAGGCCAGAGAGAAGGAGGCUGCGGAGCUGGACGAUGUCGAACUUCACCUGAAGAGAUAUGGCCGCCUCGGCCUGGCGUGGAUCGUGCUCCGUGUCGUGUUUCGAAAGGAAGCGCAACGGCGCAACAUUCAGACUUUGCAGUGGUGCCCAUUGCUGAUCACGUAG